AUGUCUGUACCAGGUGCUGCAGCAUGUGCUGCCUUUGCCGUGGGCUUGGCCCCGGACCUCAAGCAGCGUGUAGAGAUUAUGGCGGAGCAUGUUUCCAAAAACGGGCCGGACUUCGAGAAUACGGUGCGGAGCAAGAAUGGCCAGAAUCCGCAGUUCCAGUUCUUGGUCGGUGGGGAGGGCUCGGAGUACUACCUGGCACUUCUGGAGUCCCACCGGCCAGCUCCGGCAGUGAUCGAGUCCACCGCGAGCCCUGCGGAGCUCACUGGGCUCAUGAGCCGCUGGCCGACUCCCGAGGUGAUCCCUCUGAGUCCUGACGCCGAGAGGCAGCUGUCGGAGAUCCUCAACUCACUGGAGCGAGUCUCCUCUCGAGAGGCCGUGGCGAACGGCAGGAGCUGGAUGCAGGCCAACGUGGCCAUGGCACCAGCCAUUGCCAGCAACUUGAUGAAACGGGUGGCCUUCCUCUCAAGUUCCCUCCACCGGCUCCAUGUGCUGUAUUUGGUGCACGACAUCUUCAUCAGCGAGCUCGGCCGACAGGAUGGAGCUCGACCCCUUAUCUCCGCGUUCAAGCCCUGCCUAGUCUGGAUGGUUCGGCCCACCUUCCAGAUUGCACGAUCCUCCAUGCCCGAUAGUGAAGGCUGUGCCAAGAUCAAGAAGCUCCUGGCCAUGUGGCUGGACAAAGGCAUUCUCAGUGUGAGGGAGACCGAGGAGAUCACGGCACUCAUGACGGCGACAGACUUGCCGGCACCCCCGCCACAGACAGGACGGUUGAUGCAGCAGGUCGGAGCACAGAUGGGUGUGUCUUUCUCGCAGGCACAGAACAACAGCCUGGUUGGCAGUAUACUCGGCGCGCUGCAGCAGCCGCAAAUGGCGGCGCCCCCUGGACACAUCCCGACACCACCCGCACCUCCAAUGCCAGCAGCUGGAAUGGCUGGAAUGGCUUCGACGAUGCAAAACUCUGGGUUGGUCCCGGUGCAAGGACAGGGCCCGCCCGGCAUGCAGUUGGCUCUCGCAUCUGGCUCCUUGGCUCUGCCAACCGGCCCGGGCUCUGAGACGCCCGAGUCUGUUCCAGUGGGGGUCAUGUCCUCCAUGUUGAAACAGGUGUCGAGACGCGGGAAAGAUCUACAUGCUGCAUUUGUGCCAUACCGACCGCUGGAUCCGUUCUAUACGCCACAGACACUGCCUAUCACACCACCCCCUUCGGGUCGCCUGCUGGAUAGGCUGGCCCAAUUCUACCGAGCUGCACCUUGUCUGCGUCGAUCAAGGGUUCUUUUCAGAAUGUAG